AUGGAAUGUCCUCACAGCCUCCAGUGUCCCCCUGCGCAGUAUAAGCUGGCCGUGCUCAAGGUGUGGCGGCCAUUUUAUAGUCCUGGGAUGGCAGCGUUAACUCGUGGUGAAAGGGAGUUGCGAGAACGACUUGAUACUUAUGAAAGGGAGGGUGGAAUGCCACUUGACGUACUUCAGCGACUUUUAAAUGAAUCAGACAUACCACCCACGAGGACGAAGAGAUUUUUUAAAAAAGCUGAUGUAAACUGCGAUCAACGCGUUAAUUACGACGAGUUUCUGCGUCAGAUCAUGUUCGAGGAUAGCGCAUUUUUGCAAAAGCUUGCCUUUGGAUCGAUCGCACUCAACAAGGCCGUUAUUGCUGUCGCGCCCCAGACAGCUCGUCGUAAACAGCGGCUACAAAUGCAGAAAAGUGGUAUUGACGAGACUGACCUCUAUAAUUGGGGUGAAGCUGAUGUGAAUAACUACAUUGAAGCCUAUGACUGCCGUCCGCCUCCUAUUUUCAUUCCUUUCAUUACCUUUGCUCAGAUAGCCGUAUUCACCUACUACGCAGUCGUUGCAGCGCAUGAUGUAGACCCUUUCAACGAUGUCACCGCCUCCUCCGGUGUACCCUUCUACAGUCCCCUCAUUUACCUCCCACAAAAGCGCUACCAGGCCUGGCGUUUCCUCUCCUACAUGUUUAUACACAACGGCUACGUCCACCUCAUUUUCAACUGCGUUCUCCAACUGGCUCUGGGCACAUUGCUCGAGCUGGUGCACAAAUUUUGGCGUGUGGGUAUCGUCUACCUCCUCGGUGUCGUUGCUGGAUCCUUGGCGCAUUCAGUAAGCGAUCCCUUCAUUGCUUUGGCUGGUGCCAGUGGUGGCUGCUACGCUCUCAUUGGUGCCCACGUGGCUACUAUCAUCACGAAUUGGAAGACAAUGCAAGCUGGAUGGCUAAAAAAUCCCAUGAAUUUCCUCUCCAGUGGAGCUGUCCGUCUGACAUUCAUUCUCCUUCUCGCCGGCGCGGAUACCGGAUUUGCCAUCUACGAGCGGUUUACAAACCCCUCUGUUGCAAAGGUUGGAUUUGUUGCUCACCUGGGUGGAUUCGCUGCUGGCGUACUCGUUGGAAUUCCAGUUCUGCGCAAUCUGGAGGUGGAACGGUGGGAAAAGGUGUGCUUCUGGGUAUGCAUUUUCCUCUUUGCAGCAUUUAUGUCCGCCGCGGUGCUGUUCAAUGGCUUCUGCGAGGAGCAAGGCUGGUGUCCUCCCACGGACUGGAGUUAA